UGACUCUCCGGCUGCACCAUGGCGGAAGCAGAGGAGCAGGAAACUGGAUCUCUAGAAGAAUCUACAGAUGAGUCUGAGGAGGAAGAGAGUGAAGAGGAACCCAAAUUGAAGUAUGAAAGGCUUUCCAAUGGAGUAACUGAAAUCCUUCAGAAAGAUGCAGCGAGCUGUAUGACCGUUCAUGACAAGUUUUUGGCACUGGGCACGCAUUAUGGCAAGGUUUAUUUACUUGAUGUCCAAGGGAACAUCACCCAGAAGUUUGAUGUAAGUCCUGUGAAGAUAAACCAGAUUAGCCUGGAUGAAAGUGGCGAACACAUGGGUGUGUGUUCAGAGGAUGGCAAGGUGCAGGUGUUUGGGCUGUAUUCUGGAGAAGAAUUUCAUGAGACUUUCGACUGUCCCAUUAAAAUAGUGGCUGUGCACCCUCAUUUUGUGAGAUCCAGCUGCAAGCAGUUUGUGACCGGAGGGAAGAAGUUGCUGCUGUUUGAACGGUCUUGGAUGAGCAGAUGGAAGUCUUCUGUUCUGCAUGAAGGGGAAGGGAACAUUAGGAGUGUGAAGUGGAGAGGCCAUCUGAUUGCUUGGGCCAAUAACAUGGGUGUAAAGAUUUUUGACAUCACCUCAAAGCAAAGAAUCACCAAUGUGCCCCGAGAUGAUAUAAGUCUUCGCCCAGAUAUGUAUCCCUGCAGUCUCUGCUGGAAGGACAAUGUGACACUGAUUAUUGGCUGGGGGACUUCUGUCAAGAUUUGCUCAGUGAAGGAACGGCAUGCCAGUGAGAUGAGGGACUUGCCAAGUCGCUACGUUGAAAUAGUGUCUCAGUUUGAAACUGAAUUCUACAUCAGUGGACUUGCACCGCUCUGUGAUCAACUCGUGGUACUCUCCUACGUAAAGGAAAUUUCAGAAAAAACGGAAAGAGAAUAUUGUGCCAGACCUAGACUGGAUAUUAUCCAACCACUUCCUGAGACUUGUGAAGAGAUCUCUUCUGAUGCUCUUACAGUCAGAGGCUUUCAGGAAAAUGAAUGUAGAGAUUAUCACUUAGAGUACUCUGAAGGGGAAUCACUCUUUUACAUCGUGAGUCCAAGAGAUGUCGUCGUAGCCAAGGAACGAGACCAAGAUGACCACAUAGACUGGCUCCUUGAAAAGAAGAAAUACGAAGAAGCUUUGAUGGCAGCUGAAAUUAGCCAAAAGAACAUUAAAAGACAUAAAAUUCUGGAUAUUGGCUUGGCAUAUAUAAACCACCUGGUGGAUAAAGGAGACUAUGACAUGGCAGCACGCAAGUGCCAGAAAAUUCUUGGGAAAAAUGCAGCACUCUGGGAAUAUGAAGUUUAUAAAUUUAAAGAAAUUGGACAACUUAAGGCUAUUAGUCCUUAUUUGCCGAGAGGGGAUCCCGUUCUGAAACCACUCAUCUAUGAAAUGAUCUUACAUGAAUUUUUGGAAAGUGAUUAUGAGGGCUUUGCCACACUCAUUCGCGAAUGGCCUGGAGAUCUGUACAACAAUUCAGUAAUAGUUCAAGCAGUUCGUGAUCACCUAAAGAAAGAUAGCCAGAAUAGGACCUUACUAAAAACCUUGGCAGAAUUAUACACCUAUGACAAAAACUAUGGCAAUGCUCUGGAAAUAUAUUUAACAUUAAGACAUAAGGAUGUUUUCCAGUUGAUCCACAAACAUAAUCUUUUCAGUUCUAUCAAGGAUAAAAUUGUUUUAUUAAUGGAUUUUGACUCAGAGAAAGCUGUUGACAUGCUUUUGGACAAUGAAGAUAAAAUUUCAAUUAAAAAGGUAGUAGAAGAAUUAGAAAACAGACCAGAGUUGCAACAUGUGUACCUACAUAAACUUUUCAAGAGAGACCAUCAUAAGGGUCAGCGCUAUCAUGAAAAACAGAUCAGCCUCUAUGCUGAAUAUGAUCGUCCAAACUUGCUUCCAUUUCUCCGAGACAGCACCCAUUGCCCACUUGAAAAGGCUCUUGAGAUCUGUCAGCAGAGAAACUUUGUAGAAGAGACAGUUUAUCUUUUGAGCCGAAUGGGUAAUAGCCGAAGUGCCCUGAAGAUGAUCAUGGAGGAAUUACAUGAUGUUGAUAAAGCAAUUGAAUUUGCCAAGGAGCAAGAUGAUGGAGAACUCUGGGAAGAUCUGAUUUUAUAUUCUAUCGACAAACCACCAUUCAUUACUGGCUUGUUAAACAACAUUGGCACGCAUGUUGACCCAAUUCUACUUAUUCACCGUAUUAAAGAAGGAAUGGAGAUUCCCAAUUUGAGAGAUUCCCUGGUUAAAAUUCUGCAAGACUACAAUUUACAAAUUCUGCUUCGUGAAGGCUGCAAGAAGAUUCUCGUAGCUGACUCUUUGUCAUUACUGAAGAAGAUGCACCGAACUCAAAUGAAAGGCGUCCUGGUGGAUGAUGAGAACAUCUGUGAAUCCUGCCUUUCCCCUGUUCUUCCAUCAGAUGCUGCCAAGCCCUUCAGCGUGGUGGUCUUCCAUUGCCGCCACAUGUUCCACAAGGAGUGCCUGCCUGUGCCCAGCAUGAGCUCUCCUGCACAAUUCUGCAACAUCUGCAGUGCUAAGCACCGUGGACCAGGAAGUGCCAUUUUGGAGAUGAAAAAAUAGCUGAGUGCUAUUCACCAGUCUCUUCCUCACCACUCUUUUGAAGACUGUUUUUGCAGCAACAGAAGCAUUUGUUGACAUCAGUGCUGUGAAGAGAUUUGUACAAAUUUAUAAUAUGCCCCCUAAAAUUUUCUUCAUCUUCACCUGUCUACUAGAAGUUUCUUUGCUGAAGGUAAAGAAAUUAAGGUUUUCCCGCAUCCAUGCCUGGAAAUAUUUGGGUUCAUGGAUUUAUUUGCUUCCUCUUUGCUUAAAAGUGCAAACGCAAAUAUGGGGGUUGGAAAUGAAUUUUUUGUCUUGGUGAAACUAUUCAGCUGUGAAGUGUAUGAGGGAGAGUUAUCCCAGCUGUCCAAGAGCAUCGCCGAUGCAGCCAUCCAGCUGAUGCCUACGCAACUUGAACUUUGUUUCCAUAUACUCUGCUGGCAGAAUUCCUACAUUUUGGAUUUGCUUUUCUUUUAUAUGUCCUCAACUGUGGUUAUCUUCUUAAUAGGCAUUUAAUGAAACAUUGUAUAAAUUGUCACUCAUCCAUGACAUCUGGGGAUGACAUUGGCAGGCUGAUCUCAUAAAGCUUUAUGUUAACUAAUCACAUGUUCUGUGUGUCCUGAAAAUUAGCAGUGUCUGGUGCUGGCAGGCACUGAGCGUUUGUUGAUUGAAUAAAUAUUAGCUCUUCUCAUUGUAAGACUCACUUUUACUGGGUUUAACAACUUCAGUCAAUAAUUUUGUUACCCUCAUAAGCAAUAGGAAAGCUUCAGCACCUUGCAGUGUGAAGGGUUUUAAGUAGAGUUUAUUAGUAAGGAGAAAAUAAAUGACACUAUAAAAUCUAAUGGCGAUUCUCAGGAGAGUCUCCAGACUAAUGCCAGAGGAUGGGCAUAAUGUUGUUUUCUAUCGCCUUCUCUGGACCCUCCUUUACCCUCACAGAACAAAAAGAGCGUGAGAGCAUAGAAUAGAGGGAGAGAAUGAAAACUUGUGUGACAGUGUCUCAUAGACUUCUGUCUUGGGAUAUAUUGCCAGCACUAAUGGGUAUAAAACUGUGAAAACACAUACUCAUUGUCCCCGCUCUCUUGGCCUGUAACUAAAGUAUAGCUUUUUCUCUCUUUUUUGGAGACAGAACAGAUCCCAAAGAGUACUGAGCAUAUACUAACUACUGAACUUAACCCAGCCAUUCUCAUGAGCAACACCUCACUUAAUUCUGACAGCAAUGCCAGAAAGAGGGUAUUCUGUCAAUUUACUGUCAAAGAAAGCAAAAUGUAGAGAUGCUAUCACAGGUGCUGAGGGCACUGCCUGGCUUCUGAGCAGAGCUCCCAAGCCCUGUAAGAAAUCAUAUGGCCAGGCUCAGAGGAAAUACCUCUGAACAAUACCUCUCUGCAUUGCACUUAAAAGAACAUUCUCUAACAGACAGGAGUCUGUUAGUCUUAAAUUUAGAACUGAAAUGUCCUUUGCUGGUAUUGAAUGGCAGCCCUUGGCACUCUCAGUAUUUCCUUAUUUCAAGACUAUAGUCUUUUAGCUACCCUGCUAGUUUUCAGUUUUUGUUUUUAACAAACUCCUCCUUCACAAACACUUUACAAGUAAGUCCCAUUUGUUUUUGAUGUUUGUUUGUUUAUUGCUAGUACAUCAAUCUUUGAACUUUCCUUGUGCUUCCACAUUUACCUUACUUAUCUUACUGCUGUCCAGUCUUCAUUCACCCUGAUUUCCCGAGACUGUCGAGGAGACCUCUCACCACUGAUAGUACCCAUCUGCCAUUUUACAUCGUACUGCAGUUGUCCAUGUAUCAUCAAGUUUAAGUCAUCUUCUUAUUACAAAUUCUACCAAAUGGUAUAUGGUUUACCUUUUGUUCAUGGUAAAUUUAGCUAAAUCAAAUCUUCCUGAAGUUAAUUCAGGGAACCUUUUUUCUCCUGGUUGCUUCUAAGUUUAGGGUGGGAACAACGGAGAUCACCUCAUUAUGUACGGUUUUCAAUGAGAAAGAGGAAAUGGGUCUUCAACUGACCUCUUAUCAAAGGUGCCAUUGGCAAAAAUGCCAUCCUCUGCCCAGCCUUCCAUCACCUGUGCCUGCUGCUGCCUAGAUGUCUGUGGGCCCAGCUGGUGUCUGAUCCAUAGUUCUCAACUAACCCUAAUGCUCCAGAGAAUUGGUCUCUGCUGCUUGCUCACCAUGCCCAACAGUGUGUGUAUGGAGGGGGAGGGGAGG